AUGCUCAGUAGCGCGAGCGGCGCCCCGGAGCUUCUCCACCAAGACGCGACGGACGUGGAGGUCUCCGCGGCAUUUGCGGGAGCGACAGGAAGUGAAGUGGCCCCGCCGGGCGGCCGCGGCGGCAGAAACAGAAGCGGAAGGGGCCCUGCGGCUACGACGUCGUUUACUGGGGUGGCCAAAGGAGCCGAGCGCAGCGGGGACGCAACUACUCGGAAGCCGGAUCCCGAGCCGGCCAGGAUGGAUCUUCACCAGCAGGGGACUGGCCGUUACCAAGUGCUUCACAAUGAAGAGGAUAAUUUAGAAUCAUCUGUUACAGAGCAGCCAUCCACUUCAAACCCAACACCACAAAUUGUGCUUACUGCUCCUUCAGCAUCAGCACUUGAAACUGACUCCUCUCCUCCACCUUAUAGUAGUAUUACUGUGGAAGUACCUACAGCUUCAGAUAUAGAAGUUUACAGUGAACUUUAUCCUGUGCCACCUUCCUAUAGUGUUGCUACCUCUCUUCCUACAUACGAUGAAGCUGAGAAGGCAAAAGCUGCUGCAAUGGCAGCUGCAGCAGCCGAAACAUCUCAAAGAAUUCAGGAGGAGGAGUGUUCACCAAGAGAUGACUUCAGUGAUGCAGACCAGCUCAGAGUGGGCAAUGAUGGCAUUUUCAUGCUGGCAUUUUUUAUGGCAUUUAUUUUCAACUGGCUUGGAUUUUGUUUAUCCAUCUGUAUAACGAAUACCAUAGCAGGAAGGUCUGGUGCUAUCUGUGGGUUUGGCCUGUCAUUGAUCAAGUGGAUCCUUAUUGUCAGGUUUUCUGAUUAUUUUACUGGAUAUUUCAAUCGACAACAUUGGUUUUUAUGGAUAUUUCUUGUACUUGGCCUGCUUCUUUUCUUCAAAGGAUUUGUAAAUUACCUAAAAGUCAGAAAUAUGUCUGAAAGUAUGGCAGCUGCUCAUAGAACAAGAUAUUUCUUCUUCUUAUAGAGACUGUCAUCAACUCAACAUUCCUUUCUUAUACCUAUGUGAAAUUUCCAAAUCAUCUGUAAACCUACAACUUUAAUAGGAUAGAAGACAAAUUAAUGAAGAAAAGAUAAAGCUUCAAAAUUGAAUGGCAGGGUGGUUUAUGCUUAAAAGUCAUUUCUGUUCAUUCUUUAAAUAUUUAUAUUUUUUUGUACAUUUUCGUAUGUGCCCAUUUAAAAGAUUUGCAUAUACUUUAGAGAAACCAUAAAGUUGUAGCAUUAAAGUCCAGUCACGUUUGGUUCAUCAGUGUUUGAUAUAAUUGAGAGUGUGAUACAGUCUUUGAGCUUGUAAAUGCCAUUGAUUUCUAUCCUGACAUUUAGUAUAAUAAAAAUAAAAUUAUUAACCAUGUCAAAUGGUUUAGUUUCUGGCUUUUAGAUUCAUCUAGUAAUUCUACAAAUGAAAUAUCCUUUGUUAUUUGUCAAGUUCAUUGAAACUGGCAGUAUUGAUUAUUAGGAAGGAUUUGUCAAAUUUUUGAACAUGAUAUUUAUAUUAUUAUUUAGGAAAACUCUUUCUGUAAAUAACCAUGCAUAAGUUACUUUCUGCUUUGUUUUCUAAGAAAUUGUAUCUAGAUAUGUUUUCAUUAGUCUUAAAUUAAGUGAAUUAAACAUAUAUAGAAACUUUGAGUGUUAAAGACUGAGUUUGUUGUAAGGCAAAUUUUAAGAAAAUGUGGGUAUACCAAAUGUCCUUUAUGAGAAAAUUUUCUUUUUUAAGGGACAUACUAGUUUUAGGGAUUUUCAAAUGAGUAGCUUUGUUUUUAGGACUGCCCAUCAUAGAGAUUCUUGUAGGAAAAGAUUGUAUUAGAUAUUAUAUUUAUUUCAUUUAAGAGUUUUGAAAGCUAAUUUUCCAAAUAUGAUUCUCAUUUGCAUUUGUCUUUUAAAAAGCCAAUAAAAGUAUCUUUCAAUAUCAUUGUAAUAAAUUUAUCCUUAAAUGUUUAAGAUUAGUAAAUAAAAUCUCGUGCUAUUAAUAGCUUCCUGCUUUAUGAUUGUAGGAUUGACUCAUAAAAAACAUAUCCUGAUUUGGGAGAUGUGAAAUACCCAUUUUCAAGUUAUGAAAAUGUGUCUGUGGAAUACAAGGGUGUGGGGGGGUAUGUUUGUGAUGAGAGUGUGUAGCCAUAAUUACAACGGGAAUCUGCUUUACAUUCGUAAGCUACUACAUUUUGCAUCUUGCAAAUCAUUUUAUGUCUCGUCUGUUUUUCUUUUCAGUUAUAUCUUUGCUCUUGAAUGCCAACAUUAAAAAUGAUGGGAAUUAUAUCAUAUUCUAAACUUAAAAAUCAUUUAAUACAGCUAUAUAGAACAUAUUAAACUGAUAGCUUAUUAUUAGACAUUGACUACUACUAAAUGGUAUAUCUAACUAUUCAGGGACAUUUUUCCAUUUCUGAAAAAAUAAAAUUUAUUAUGCUUUAUAA